GCUGCGGUAUCAGUCGCUUUGCAGACUUUCGCGUGUGCGGUCGAACCGAAAGAGACUGAGUCGGAGAAUCAGAGAAGCGCGACAGCCGUUAUAUCAAAAGAAUAUCCAAUAAGAGGAAAGACAGACAGAAAGACAGAAACGAGAAAUUCUGUAUGUUUGGGCGCGACUUGUUGACAGUUUGAAUUAUGUGCUGGACGAGUGUGAAAAGUGAGAAAUAGUCCAUACAAAACGAAUUGGAUGCAUGUGAUUAACAUAAUUAAUAAGUGAGGUGAAUGGGUAUACACCCGAUGAACCAAUCUGAAGCCAAAAAUCACRAAAUAUCUACAAGUUGUUGUAACGGUAACAAGAGUUGAGUUGAGUCGAAGCCAGCGUUUAGCUGCCUCAUUAAGCUAUCAUUGCACGCGCGCAACAACAAAUCGUUGGCCAACCAGUUAGAGCUGAAGAUGCGGCUGCUGCUCCACUUACAUCACUGGCCAUUAGCAUUGGCCAUCGCUUCCUGCAUUGUCGCCGCCUCAACAAGCACAGCAGCAACAGCAAAAGCAACAACAACACCAACAACAGCGCCAAGUGGGGCCACAUCAAGAACGACGACAGCAACAUCAUCCUCCAUACCAGGCAAAUAUCAGGCAUAUGGCAGCCAACACCAGCCGAAGAAGCUGCGAGUUGGAAUCGGAGCUGCUGGCAACUCCAACGGCAGUGAACCAGUAAACCAGUUCCGGCAAAAUCCGAUCAAGAAUUGGUUUGGCGUCUUCAAUCGUAAUAAUUCGCCAGCGGCUCACAGCCAAACGCCGACAUGUUCCUGCAGGUGCGGGGAGCGCAACGACGAGUCGAGGAUCGUCGGGGGCACUACAACUGGCGUCAGCGAGUAUCCCUGGAUGGCCAGACUGAGCUACUUCAAUCGAUUCUACUGCGGUGGCACGCUGAUCAACGAUCGCUACGUGCUGACGGCGGCGCACUGCGUCAAGGGCUUCAUGUGGUUCAUGAUCAAGGUGACUUUCGGCGAGCACGAUCGUUGCAAUGACAAGGAGCGUCCGGAGACGCGCUUUGUGCUGCGCGCCUUCAGCCAGAAGUUCAGCUUCUCCAAUUUCGACAAUGACAUCGCCCUGCUGCGCCUUAACGAUCGCGUGCCGAUCACCAGCUUCAUCAGACCCAUCUGCUUGCCCCGCGUGGAGAAGCGCGACGACUUGUUCGUGGGCACGCGUGCCAUUGCCACAGGUUGGGGCACGCUCAAGGAGGACGGCAAGCCCUCGUGCCUGCUGCAGGAGGUGGAGGUGCCAGUGUUGGACAACGACGAGUGCGUGGCCCAAACGAACUACACACAAAAGAUGAUCACCAAGAACAUGAUGUGCUCCGGCUAUCCGGGAGUGGGCGGACGCGACAGCUGCCAGGGCGAUUCGGGAGGUCCUCUGGUCCGCUUGCGGCCCGACGACAAGCGCUUCGAGCAGAUCGGCAUCGUCUCCUGGGGCAAUGGAUGUGCGCGACCCAAUUACCCAGGUGUCUACACCAGAGUCACUAAAUAUCUCGACUGGAUUGUGGAAAACUCAAAAGAUGGCUGUUUCUGCGACGAGGAUUACUAAACGUUCGAAUUCUCUUUCAAUUUAGUUCUAGUUCUAUAUUUAGUCUUAAUGCUCUAUAUAUAUAUAAAUAUUUUGUACUUUUAUACAGAGAGAUAAACACGA